GAUUCAAUUAUUUCCUCAACGGCUAUGGCGGAAGCACAUACAACACCAAAAAAGAAAUCCAGCCUGGAGCACGACGCAAUCUUCAAAACGCUGGAAAAGUUAACGGCUCCUGUUAGUAACGAUAGUCCAAAGCUUCCAACUAUUAAAGAUUUCUGCAUCCUGAAACCAAUCAGCCGUGGAGCUUUUGGAAAGGUAUUUCUGGGAUAUAAGAAGAAUGAUCAACACAAACUGUUUGCCAUUAAGGUUAUGCGGAAAUCAGAGAUGAUCAACAAAAACAUGAUAUCACAGGUGAUUACAGAACGCAAUGCAUUGGCACUUUCCCGAAGUCCAUUUUGCGUAACAUUAUACUACUCACUGCAAACGAUGACAUCGGUAUUUCUAGUGAUGGAGUAUAUGGUAGGAGGGGAUUUAAAAUCACUGCUCGCCAUGUAUGGGUUUUUCGAGGAAUCCGCCGCUCGUUUCUACACGGCCGAAGUAUGCUUAGCACUUCAGUACUUGCACAAGCAUGGCAUCGUACAUCGUGACAUUAAACCGGACAACAUGCUGAUUUCGGCCGGUGGACACGUCAAGUUAACCGACUUCGGACUCAGCCGCAUCGAAAUGAGUCGCGAUUUGGAAAUUUCCGAUCUUAUCAACUGUUCACCAACCCUGAAUACCAGGACACCAGGGCAGUUGCUUUCACUGACCUCGCAUCUUUCAUUUGGAUCGCACGAAAAACGCCAACAGGAGCUGCUGGAAAAAGAACGGCUGCAACGGUCUUCGGAAAAUGAGUCCGAAUGUUCCUUCUCCAAUUCACGACAGAACGACAGUAAGAUGUCGGGAGUUAGUCCGUUUUACUCGGCGGAACAGAAUGCCAGUAUGAUUGAAAGUCUCAGAGAGAUUCGGACUGAGGGAACUGGAGAUUUGACUUCUUCGUAUUACACCUGCAGUUCUAGUAUCGAUGGUAAGACCAGCAGCGGAAGCUAUGAAUCUAUCAGCAACAAUGUCAAUGGCUGUGACCGAGAUAGUAAUUUCAUUAUAACACGGGACCGGUCGGUUAAUAAUAAGGAAAAUAUGAUUGAUGAGAACAAACAAACGGGAUUGGAGAAAAAUGGUCAUUCGUUCGAGUUCCUGCUGAUUCCUGGCAAUAAAUUCAGAAAUCAUGUUAGCAAUGAUUCCGGUGUGUCGAGUCGUAAAAGUGAUAUUUCAAAUAUUCAUGCGGAACUUUCCUCAAUCGAUAAGACUGAGUGUUCGAACAAUAGCAACAAAGAAGAUUACUCGUGUUCCGAUUUUUCGCGAAGUUAUAGUAUGAGUAACAUCAACGAAUCAAUGAAUUCACGACACGACUAUCAUUCGCCGUUGAAAAAUGGUUCGCGGUGUUUCAAAAGACCGGAAUAUUUCAGAGGCAUCAAACGGAAGCGACAUCUAGUGAGCCGGGUCGAUUCGCUAACGUCGGAUCCAGACGGUAGCACGGCUAGUACAGGACUGACACAAGAAAUAGACGUCAUGGACAUCGGAAGUAGCACCCCGAAGAAACGAAAGGCAACCUCUCCCAUCAAGGGAGUUUUGAAAGUUCGAUCUCUGUCGGAUGACGAAAUGCCGGUUAAUAAUCAUCUCGGUAAUGUUAUGUUUUCCACUCCGGUAUCUUCGCAGAAAACACGACGCGAGGGAGGGCCAUUAGAAAAACUAAAAAGUACCAGAUUUGCUCUUCCUUCCUCUGUCGAGCAGCCGCGUAAGGUACAAGCGUUUAUCAAGAUAGCAGACGAAUCUGUGAUGUCACCAAUAUGCACCGGCGUUUCCUUGACGGCCAACUUAGAGAAUACCCCAAAACCUUCGAAGACACCGUAUCGAACUCCGAAGUCGGUCCGAAGGGCACCGAUUGAUUCAGACGAAAGGAUUCUGGGAACUCCCGAUUAUUUGGCACCGGAGUUACUCCUCCAACAGGGUCACGGCCCUGCCGUUGACUGGUGGGCGUUGGGAGUGUGUUUAUACGAAUUUAUGACCGGUGUUCCACCGUUCAAUGACGAAACGCCGAAAAAAGUGUUCGAAAAUAUUCUCAGCCGGAACAUAGAAUGGCCGCAGGACGAGGAAUCUCUCUCGAAUGAGGCUACCGAAACGGUUGAGCGGUUAUUGGAGAUGGAUCCCCAGAAAAGACCACAGGCCGCCCAAAUGAUGGAGAUGGCGUUCUUCGAAUCGAUCGAUUGGAACAACCUCGAAUCAGCCAAUCCGCCUUUUAUUCCUAAUCCUGACGAUCCACAGGACACGGGCUACUUUGAAGCGCGUAAUAUUAUGCAGCAUUUGAAGAUGUCAAACUUUCACAUGGAGUCUUGUUGAAUCAGGGUAGCUCUUAAAAAUAUUAUAGACUCAAUCGAUAUCUUUUGUAAUAGCCAUUUUUUAUAGAUAUAUGUUAUUUCAGGCACGACCCUAAGCUGUUUUUAUUG